UCAUGAAUUCACUGGUCUAUAUCAUGCCUCAGCAAAGCUGCUACAGAGAUUCCCCCCCACCCCCCCUUACCCCCUACAGAAUCCUGAAACCAAGAUGGUGUUUAAUAAAAAAAACCUUGAAACAUCUUGUGAUUCAUGAACACCAAAAUAUGAUGUAAAAUAUAUGGCUAUCUUUAUUUUAGGAUUUAAGAAAAGAACUAAAGGAAAACUACUAAUUGCAUCUUGUCAGCUUCUUUAGUUGGUUUUGAUCACUUGUCGUUUAUUAUGAGUCCUCCCCCCAGAAAUUAAUGCCUCCUCUCUCUUCCUUUCUCCUCUCCCUCUCUCUCUCUCUUCCCCUCCCUCCUUAUGCAGGAUUUUGGUAUAAUUCUCGAGAUUUUACUAACAAAAUAAUCUUAAAUAACGAUAAAAAUUAUAUCUAGCGUCGAAUGAAGUAUACUUGAAAACUUCUAGGAAAAUUCAACAUGUCCCUUAAUAUUCUAGAUGGGCAUCAAAACAGACCCAAUCCAAUCCCAGCUUUCAACAGAAUGGAUUGAAAUGAGGUUUUAAACUUAACUAACAAUAGUUUAGGUUGGUUCUGUUGGACAUGUGGUUGCAAGCAAGUUUGGGCUAGGUCAGAUCGACCCAAACCCAAUCUGAUCGAGUUUAGUUGGGCAGUCAGGUCCCAAUUUUGGACCCAUGCCUGACCCAUGGAUCUUAAUUACCUCAAGCAUGAUCCGGGUCAAAAUUGCAUACUUCGGGCAGGGAUCUGCACCCUUAGCUGGACCCGACCCGAUCCCGACCCGAGAAACCUGAGUUUGCAUUGAAUUCAAGGGCAUGCUCAUUUGAAAUCUAAACCAGAAGGUUAACAAACCACUGCAACGAAUUGGUCAAAUUAUUGCCUGAGAAAAAUGCUUAAAGUGGCUUCCUUUUUUCAACCAUGUGCUUAAAAUUUGAACUCUUAACAAUUCUUAUCUUUUCCUCAAUUAACAAAUUUUAAAAAAGAUUGCACAUCCUUAACAAGCCCGGAUCCUGGAGUAUUUCUCGGUCCCACGACUUCUCUCUCUCUCUCUCUCUCUCUCUCUCUCUCUCUCUCUCUCUUCUACCAUCUGUGUUCCAAGUCAAGUUUGGCUAUUCUCCAUGCAUAGAGCCAUGGCUUUUGUAUCCUUUUUCCUCUCCUUUUUGCUCUUCUCCAGCUUCUCUCUGAGUCUAGGGGACAAGGUGACGGUGGCCGUGAAGGCAGUGACCACCAUUGCCAAAACGGACGACAACUUUAUCUGUGCAACCAUCGACUGGUGGCCCAAGGAGAAGUGCAACUACGACAUCUGCCCUUGGUACAGUGCCUCCAUCAUCAACUUGGAUUUGAAUAAUACCAUUGUAUUCAAUGCCAUCAAAGCUUUCAAGUCUCUGAGGAUUAGGCUUGGAGGGUCACUGCAAGAUCAAGUGGUGUAUAAAAUAGGGGAAGAACCUGCCACCUGUGAAGACUUCAAGCUUGACAAAAAUGGGCUGUUUGGAUUCUCUAAAGGCUGCUUGAGCAUGUAUAGAUGGGAUGAGCUCAACACAUUCUUCAAUAAAACUGGAACUAUAUUAACAUUUGGACUGAAUGCACUAGCUGGGAGGAAAAAAUCUCCAGAGGGUAACCUCUACAUGGGUGAGUGGGACGCUACUAAUGCUCGUCAGUUCAUCCAGUACACUGUCUUGAAGAAUUACAAGGUCGAAUCUUGGGAAUUAGGAAAUGAGCUCUCUGGUGAAGGAGUAUCUGCAAGUGUGGAUCCUAAACAGUAUGGCAAGGAUUUGAUUGCCCUGAAAAAGCUUCUCGGUGAUAUAUAUAAGAAUUCCAGUACUGAACCGAAGAUAUUGGCACCUGGUGGUUUUUUUGAUGCACAGUGGUUCGCUGACAUGCUUCAGACAUCAGGACCUGGUGUUGUCAAUGGUGUUACUCAUCAUAUCUACAACCUUGGUGCAGGUGUUGAUAAAGAGCUAAUCUAUAGGAUUCAAGAUCCUUAUUAUUUGGAUCAGAUAGUACAGACAUAUAAUGAUAUUGAGACCAUCAUCAAGGAUUUUGGUCCAUGGAGUGCUGCUUGGAUUGGAGAAUCAGGUGGUGCUUACAACAGCGGAGGCAAAGAUGUGUCGAAUACUUUCGCUGAUAGUUUCUGGUUCUUAGAUCAGCUUGGUAUGGUAACCACAUUUAACCACAAGGUCUUCUGCCGGCAAGCCUUGAUUGGAGGAAACUAUGCUCUUCUUAACGCCACAACAUUCAUCCCCAACCCAGACUACUAUAGUGCUUUGUUGUGGCAUCAAUUAAUGGGACCUGGUGUUCUUCAUGCCACUCACAAUGGAUCGCCAUACCUUCGUGCCUAUGCUCAUUGCUCCAAACAAAAGCGUGGAGUUACUCUAUUGCUUAUUAACCUAUCAAACUCAACAUCCUUCGAUGUUUCGGUUGUCAGUGACCUGAACUUGUAUCCACCUAACAUGGCUCGAUCUUUAGCAUCUGUACAAGAAAAGGGACAGAGGGAAGAGUACCAUCUGACUCCUCAAGGUGGCAAUAUCCAAAGUAGAGUUAUGCUUCUUAACAGACGACCUUUGGAUCUUACACGCAGCAGAGACAUUCCUGAAAUGCAUCCAUUUAUUGCUGAUGCUGCUGCCCCUCUACACAUUGCUCCUCACUCGAUUGUCUUCGUCGGCCUCGAGGACUUCAAAGCUCCAGCUUGUGCCAAUAAUUGAUUAGCCUCCUAUUGAAAAGUUCAGAGUUGAAUGAGUUGAAGAAAUUUGGGCUUAAAAUAUCUUUGUUUGAUUUUUGCAAGCAAUAACAGAAACUUUUACA